UUCAGUUACAAGUCGGCAUGGGUUCCUGUUGCAGGAAUGUCCUGAUUUUUUUUGGGAUAGUAUCUGUAUGUUUAGGGGGUAUGCGUCGCAAAAAUGGCAAAAUAAGGGAUACUCUAAUGGGUAUAUCUACCCAUUAGAGUAUCAAGGUACAAACUGUAAUUUCGGCUACGAAACAAAGUGUGAUUUAGCCAAGCUCAGAACUUUCAAAUUUGUAUAAAACAAUAUUUCUAGACACAUUUACUUUAUUUUCCGUUCUCACCAGAUAUUUCACUUCUUGUAAUAGCCUGCAAGAUUACAUCAGAGACCUUGGGACUAUGAGGACUUCAGAUAUUUAUAGACUGUUACAGUAGAUAAGUACCUUGAUAGAAGCUCUAGGCGAUAGUGUUUAUUUAUCAUGAGCGACCUGUCUGGCCUAGUGGGUAGUGACCCUGCCUAUGAAGCCGAUGGUCCCGGGUUCAAAUCCUGGUAAGGGCAUUUAUUCGUGUGAUGAGCAUGAAUAUUUGUUCCUGAGUCAUGGGUGUUUUCUAUGUAUUUAAGUAUUUAUAAAUAUUUAUAUAUUAUAUAUAUCGUUGUCUCAGUACCCUCAACACAAGCCUUAUUGAGCUUACUGUGGGACUUAGUCAAUUUGUGUAAUAAUGUCCUAUAAUAUUUAUUUAUUUAUUUAUCAUACCUAUGUUUUUGAGAAAUUUCUACAUCUACAAUGUUCUAAUAACUUAUACUUCUUCGCGGGAAGUAGUAAUUUCCGAUAGUCGACAGCUAAAGAUAGACCACUGUCUGUGAAUCAAUUCCAAGUAUCGCCAACUCAUCAUGAUUCCGUUUGCAAAAAUCUACCGAGUAGCUACGCGUCCAAUCGAAUUAACAAUGCCUAUUGCCCAUCAUUGCCAAACUAUCAUGACGUACCUUUGGGUAGGCGAGCCGACUGAUACGAAAAACACCAAGGCCAAACCAAAAGACAUAUCUCAUUCGCAGAUCGGAAAGUAGUGCGUGCUCAGGCCUCUUUCACCAUUCCUCCCGUCUGCCUUCCCCAAAACUGGCAUAAAGCAACCGAAAUUAUUAAAACAAAUGAACGUGCAAAAUCAGUGGCGGGCGAUUCAGCGUGGCGUGCAGUUCGAUCGUGGCAAAGCAAGGCGCGGAGGAAACGUCAGAAAAAUCGAAUUUCCAUGACGGCAGUCGAGGCUGAGGCGGCGCGGCGGCAACACCGCCGAGACAGCGCCCGCGCGCGGGCCCUAGCACCGCACUGUACGCGCCGCACGCCGACGCAGGCACUCGCUCACAUCUAACUUUCAAAAACGAUCAGUGCUCAAAGUGUCCUAACCCAAAAUCAAAUGGUAUAUGGUGGGCUAAUUAAGGGAUUAUGGGUUUGGCUGCGACCCGAACACGGGUCACUUUGUCGCCCGACCACAUAAAUUCGUGCUCGUUUGUUUCUUUAUUAAAAGUGUGUUUUUAAGAAGAAUCCAACAGUAUGUUCUUCGGGAAAGUGUUGAUGAUUAAAGUGACAAAAGUGGGCCGGCCAUGAAACUGCGACACCUAACGCCGAGUAGCGUCCGAUGGAAGGUGUCCAAGAACCAGAGACUGCGACUAGACGUGCGGAACGAAACAUGAAAGGCAGUGAAUAAACAAAGACAAUUGACUGUUCAAUACUAAACGCCAAAUUGCGCUUGCUUCCAUUAAUUUUCUCACGUAAAACAUAUCGGUAUUUUAAGAUAACGACCACUAUCGUAACUAAUCGUUCAAUUAGCUAUACAACUUAAUAUAGUUUUGCCUUUCUCGUGCCUAUCUUUAUCCAAUUCUAAAGCGUACUAAGUGAGAAAUCGGAAUAAAUUAUUCUGUGAUGGGACUAUAAGAGUGAUAUCGACGAUCGAAGUGUAAAUAAGUAGAUCUUUCUUAAUCUAUUUAUAUUUAAAAAGUAAAUAAAACUAGAAGAGAAUAGUAUAGACGCGCUAGUUGUAGAUUUAAUUAACUUGCUCGAGAUUAAUUCAAUAAUUUAAACAGACUCAAAUGAACAUUACAAAGCAAUAAAACAAGUGAAGUGUGAAUCUGUGCGUCUAAAAGCCGCUGGCUAAAUUUUCUGCUCUCGCGCACCGUAGCCACAAAACUGGCAGGUAUGCAGGCAGCUCUUAUGCUAAGAAGCAAAUCGCGGGAGAGAAGAAAACAACGUCUCAAGAGAGGGAUCAAGCAUGACCUGCCGAGUAACAUUGCUACCAAGUCCAUCGCUCCUUUCCCGAGAUAUCCACCGGCCUCAUGGUGCGCAGCCGGGCGUGCGGCAUGGCAGGAGGCGGCGGCACUGUCGGUGGGCGGCGGCGGCGCGGGCGCGGGCGGCGCAGCGCGUCGCUGCUCCGUGCUCGGCGACCACCCCGGCGCGCGCCGCGACCAGCGCGGCAAAUGGCACAGGAACAACCGGGUGAGAAAACUAGUCAUUGCAGAAGUCCGAAUCCUACGAAUACAUGAACUUACAAAGAUUUGUAGGGGGCACCCAUCACGCAAAACAGAAAACUCAUUCAAUUAUUUACCGUAAUAUUAUUUCUCUUUUGCCUAACAAAUUUCAAAUUCAAAUUGGUUGCUAAUGAUUGUUACCGUUGUAAAAAGUCACUAUUAGCAGUGGUGUCAUAGCGACGGCGUGGGCAAUCGGCAAGCGACUUUGGACCAAAUUAGUCAUUAGGUAGGUAAUUGAUAUAGU